AUGCCGUACUAUCGUCUUAAAGAUCUCAUAAAGGCAAUUCGAGCAUGUAAAACUGCCGCCGACGAGAGAGCAGUUAUUCAGAAAGAGUCGGCAGCAAUUCGUACAAGUUUUAAGGAAGAAAAUAAUGAUUCUCAACAUUCAAAUGUGGCAAAAUUACUUUAUAUACACAUGCUUGGAUAUCCGGCUCAUUUCGGUCAAAUCGAAUGUUUAAAAUUAGUUGCUUCGAAUAGGUUCGCCGAUAAAAGAUUAGGAUAUUUAGGAAUUAUGCUCUUAUUGGAUGAAAAUCAAGAAGUUUUGACUGAUAUGAAUCAUUCCAAUAUGUACAUUGUUGGUUUGGCAUUAUGUACCUUAGGAAAUAUAUCUUCUCCCGAAAUGGCAGGUGACUUAUGUACAGAAGUUGAAAAAAAUUUGGCAUCAUUAUUGACAUUUCUAAAAUUAAAAUCAAUAAAGGCCGCAUUGUGCGCAAUGAGAAUAAUUCGAAAAGUUCCGGAAUUACAAGAAAAUUUUUUAAGUAGAGCAAAAGCUCUUUUAAGUGAUAGAAAUCAUGGAGUAUUAUUGACUGCAACUACUCUUAUAAUUGAGAUGUGUUCAAUAAAUUACGAAACAUUACAAACAUUUCGCAAGAGUUUGGUUUCUGCCGGAUUCUCACCUGAGCAUGAUGUAACCGGUGUUACUGAUCCGUUUUUACAAGUAAAAAUAUUGAAAUUAUUACGAAUUUUAGGUAAAGGAGACGCUGAAGCAAGUGAAGCAAUGAAUGAUAUUUUGGCUCAGAAUGUUGGGAAUUCAAUAUUAUAUGAAACUGUACAAACCAUUAUGGAGAUUCAAUCCGAAAGUGGACUUCGUACUUUAGCCAUAAACAUAUUAGGCAAAUUUUUGACGAAUCGAGAUAAUAAUAUUAGAUACGUUGCAUUGACUACAUUAAAUAAAACGGUGUCAAUAGACACCAACGCAGUUCAACGUCAUAGGAAUAUUAUUCUUGAUUGUUUACGAGAUGGAGAUAUUUCUAUUCGUCGUCGUGCACUUGAACUUUCAUUUGCAUUAAUUAAUGAAUCAAAUGUUAGGGUGUUAACACGUGAAUUGCUAGCAUUUUUAGAGGUUGCUGAUAAUGAAUUUAAACCAGCAAUGACCACAAAAAUUUGUUUAGCUGCUGAUAGAUUUGCUCCUAAUAAGCGUUGGCAUAUUGACACAGUAUUACGCGUCUUGAAAUUGGCUGGUAACUAUGUUCGCGAAGAAAUAUUAUCAAAUUUUAUUCGUCUAAUUGCCCAAACUCCCGAUUUGAACGCAUAUACGGUGCAAAAGUUAUAUGCAGCAUUAAAAGCCGAUAUUUCCCAGGAAUCGUUGACAUUAUCUGGUGUAUGGGUAAUUGGGGAAUAUGGUGAUAUAUUAAUUAAAGGUGGUAGUUUUGAAGAAGAAGAACUUGUUAAAGAGAGAAAUUUUCAGGUUACAGAAAAAGAUGUCGUUGACCUAAUGGAUUCCAUUCUAGCUGGUCCAUAUGCUAAUCAAGUAACUCGAGAAUAUAUUCUUACUGCACUUAUGAAACUAACUUCACGUUUAGUGUCAACAUCAGUAAUUCAUCAAAUUCAAGUUAUUCUUGAAAAAUAUAAUACUAGUAUUGAAGUGGAAAUACAACAACGUGCGAUUGAAUAUAGUAAUUUAUUUAAAUUUGAGAAUAUUCGACCAGCAGUUUUGGAAAGGAUGCCAGUUCCGGAAAUUAAGGAAGAAAAUAAUCGGCCAAAUUCCCUUUUGGAUGAUGGUAAUUCUAAGAAUGGUGGUGUUGAUUCACUUUUAGACUUCAGUGAAGAUGCCACAAAUCCUAAAGUAUCAAUUGUUCCCGAAACCACACAAAGUACAGUUGAUAUUUUGGCAGAUAUUUUUGGUGGUGGUGGUUCCACGAAUACAAAUUCAACAAUCACUACCAACGAAAAUAUUAUACCUAAUGAAGAUAUUAUAGGGAUUUUCAAUUCUAUUCCAAAUAUAAAUUCAAAUAUACCUACAAAUAUGCCUACGCAGAAUAUACAGCAAACGAAUGCUUUGGAUAAUCUUCGUUUGACGGGUCUAUUAGAACUUAAUGCUCCUUCUGUUCCUUCAAUUUCUUCGAAUCUUGAUGUAUUUUCUUUGACACAACCUGAACCUGAAAAAUAUGUUGCGUACAAUAAGAAUGGGUUUAAGAUUACUUUGGAUCCUUCUAAAGAUUCAACUAACCCUCGAAUUAUCAAUAUUAGAGCAAUAGCUCAACAGAUGAUUCGUGUUUCUAACCCUCAACAGAUAAACAUUAGAUUACGCCUUAGAAUUUCAUAUACAACAUCAUCAGGCACAAAAGUAGAUGAAGUGUUUGAUUUUAAUGCAUUUCCACAAGAAUGUUGGUGA